AAAUAAUAAUGAAUAUUUAACUAAUCCUGAAUUAUGCUAUGAAAAUGUAGCUAAAUUUAAAAAACUUAUUGAUGCAAUUAAUUAUAAUGGACCAAUUGCUACUAUGACGAAUAAUAUAAAACUUAAAUUAGAAUUACAAUAUUCAUCUAAUCUUGGAUGUAUAGUUGAAUCUGUAUUAUCAAAUGAAGAAACAAAAGUUAAUAUAUAUAGUGAUAUUCCAAGAAUAAUUAAAAAUAUUAAAGCAGAAGAUAGAAUUGCAAAAA